ACACAAUAAAUCGAAUGUUCAACAAGUCAGUUGGAAUUGAGUUCUACAUCAGUGCAUUUCUAACAUUUAUACGAAAGCGUGUGCAACAAUCCAAAAACCCAAGAAUAAUGACAGACAGUAAGAAUAACCUGUUGUUACUAUUCCAAAAGCCAAGGGAACCUAUAUUCACUCCCAGAAAUGGCGGUCAAACUGUGUUUGAUCUUCCUGACAACUUCUUCACCGAUCGAUAUCGUGUAAUUGGAACCGACAUCACAACACGAUUCGGUGAAAAUGUUACCAACAAAGUUGCACUUGCACCACUCACUACCACCCCCAAUUUGGAUUUUGCUGCAAACCUAAAUCGAACCGGCGGAUUCUCGUUAUUUAACCAGGUUCAUAAGGGUAUGGCUGGACAGUUGACGAAAUUAUUUAUGGACCAACCAGAUGUAUCAUCGUUGCUAUCGACCGCUGCCUACAUUAAGGAUCGGGUAAAUUUAUACAUGUUCCAGUACGCUCUAUCCGUGGCGAUGCAGCACCGUGAUGAUACGAAGGACAUUAUGUUACCUUCCGUUGUGAAUAUGUUUCCGGAUCAGUUUAUCGAUCCGUCAGUUUUUCCGGCCGCACGAGAGGAAGCCUCAAUUGUAGCACAGGGAAAUCGCCAGUUUAUCAAAAUUCCGAUGGAAUUUACUUCGAAUGAAAAAGAAAUUGAACAGCGCAUGGCUUACUUCCGUGAAGAUAUCGGAGUAAACAUGCAUCACUGGCAUUGGCAUCUUGUUUAUCCUGGAGAGGGACCUGCCAAUGUCGUUAAUAAAGAUAGGCGAGGAGAACUUUUCUACUACAUGCACAAUCAAGUUGUCAUCCGCUAUAACGUUGACAGAAUGUGUAAUGGAUUGGAGCGUGUAAGACCGUUGAACAACAUACGGUCUAUUAUUCCCGAGGCGUAUUUCCCAAAAAUCGUUCGCAGUUCGAACAAUCGAUCGUAUCCAGCACGUGCGGAAAAUUCAGUGUUGCAAGACGUUAAUCGAACCGAAACUGUUGUAUCGUUGGCCGAUAUCGAGAGAUGGAGAGAUCGUAUCUUUCAAGCUAUCGAUCAAGGAUUCAUGAUUGGUGCCAAUGGUCAACAAAUAUCAUUGAGAGGACCAUUGGGAAUCGAUAUAUUAGGGAAUGCUAUCGAAUCCAGUGCUCUCUCACCCAACAAAACGCUCUACGGCAAUAUUCAUAACGAAGGUCACAACAUUAUAGCCUUCGUUCAUGAUCCGGAACAGAAAUAUUUGGAGGACUUUGGUGUUAUGGGAGAUGUUACAACUGCUAUGAGAGAUCCGAUAUUUUACAGAUGGCAUAGCUUCAUCGACUCAGUGUUCCAAAGACACAAACGACUUCAACCAAUGUAUGUCGCUAACACGGAAAUCGCCUACAGUGGAAUUGUUGUAAAUUCAGUGGGAGUUCGAAUCACUAGAGGCAAAAAUGCUGCACCCAACUUGUUGUUAACGUUCUGGCAAACGUCUGAUGUGGAUCUGAGUACUGGUCUGGAUUUCGGACCAGAAGGCAAUGUUUACGCCGAGUUUACUCACUUGCAGAACGCACCGUUUGAAUACACUAUUAAUGUCGACAACAUCAGCAGCGCUCAAAGGAUUGGCACAUGUCGUAUAUUCAUGUGUCCUAAAUUCGAUGAGAGGGGACUACCUUUCAUUCGAUUCGAAGAUCAACGAUCUUUGAUGAUAGAAAUGGACAAGUUUACGGUUUAUUUGAAUCCAGGAAAAAACAUCAUAAGACGCCGAUCUGACGAGUCCAGUGUGACCAUUCCGUACGAACGGACUUUCCGUAAUAUUGGCAGUCAACCUACAGAUCCAGCCGCACGAGCUCAAUUCCAAUUUUGUGGAUGUGGGUGGCCCCAACACAUGAUUUUACCUAAGGGUACAACGAAUGGAUCGUUGUACAGCAUUUUUGUAAUGAUUUCAAACUAUGAGCUCGAUCGUGUCGUACAACCACACUUGAAGAAUCCAUGCGACGAUGCCGCGUCGUUCUGUGGAUUGAAGGACCAACUUUAUCCCGAUAGGAGAUCCAUGGGAUAUCCAUUUGAUCGUCCAGCUAGGGUGGCUACAUUGUUGGAUUUCAAAAAUUUGGGAACAAAUAUGGCAAUCGGAGAAUGUGAAAUUCGAUUUACUAAUUCCAUAAUCAAACGUUCGUAAAUGCUAGACAAAAAUUCUUCACUUUUACUAGGACUUGUAUCACGGCCAUAGUUUUAUUCAAUAAAUUUAGUAUAAUUUUUGCAUUAAACACUUUGAUAACUUGAUUUUUACACAUCGAAGCUGAUAUUAUACAGGCCAUCGUUCACUUUAUUUCAGUUGAAACUUGCGUCACAUUCUCAAGAGUUUGGUUUCAAUAUCGAAUUCACCAAGAAAGGGUUUCAAAGUGAAUAUUAUGCAGUGGAGGUAGACCUUAUUAUUCAAAUUUUUUAAUAGAAAAAUAAUAUUUUCGCUGACCUUAGAGGAAUAGAGAGGAAAUAAAAGGUGUUUGUAAUUGGAUCAAUGGGAUUGUGUUGGUUAAAGUAAUCA